UUCAAAUCAUGUCUAUCAGUCUAUCACAAUUAUUCAAGAUUGAUGUGAACAGAAUCGUAUUUCCUGACCUUUGAACUGCUAAUUGAAUUUCAUAAAGAAUCAUGCUGUUGAACAAAGCUGCGAAAAGAUUGAAAGUUUUGAAUAAUUUUCUUUUCAGAACUAAAUUAACAAGAAAUAAUUUAAGUUCGUCGUAUUCAACAGAAUCUGUUACAAUUGGAAAUACCACAAAAGAAAUAAAGCAAGCUCUUAAAGAGGAAUAUGUUCCUCGAAAAUACUAUUCUGGAUCAGAGAACCAAAGCACUUUACAUCAUAUACAAUGGAUGAUGAAAAAGGAUUUAUUAGGACAAGAUAUAUUUUUGUUAGGUCCACCGGGACCUGUUAAAAGACAUUUAGCGAUGAAGUAUUUGGAUUUAACAAAUAAAGAACUUGAGUAUAUAUCGUUAAGUAGAGAUACCACUGAGUCUGAUUUAAAACAACGCAGAGAAAUUGUAAAUGGGACUGCCACAUAUUUCGAUCAGAGCGCAGUUAGGGCAGCCACAGAAGGUCGAGUAUUAGUCUUAGAUGGAAUUGAAAAAGCUGAAAGAAAUGUGCUACCAGUUUUGAAUAAUCUAUUAGAAAAUAGAGAAAUGCAUCUUGAAGAUGGUCGUUCCUUAAUACCAGCACAAAGAUAUGAUGAGCUUCUAGAGAAAUAUGGUGAACAAGAAAUGAACAAAUGGAAACUUGUGAGAGUUGAUGAAAAUUUCAGAGUUAUCGCAAUAGGACUUCCUGUACCAAGAUAUAGAGGCAAUCCCUUAGAUCCACCCUUGAGAUCAAGAUUUCAAGCCAGAGAUGUCAAUAUGUUCAGCUAUCAGGAAUAUCACAAUGCUAUGGAAGAAGCAGCACCGAACGCUCCACGUGACAAGAUCGAAUCAAUUCUUUCAGCAGCUUUCGCCUUGAGAAGCACUGAGAGCUCCAAUUUAGGUCUUCCAGAAUUCCCCGUCGAAAACCUAGUCUUAGCAGCGAAACUACUGGAACAAAACCCUGAAGAGAAACCAUAUGAUAUCUUGUACAAGUUAUAUCCUUACAAGACCUUUCUUAAGGAUGGUAUACAAAAUUUAGAAUCUCUUCUGGAAAAAUUCGCUAUUUUUCCUACAGAAGAUACAAGUAAUUUACUAAACUCUUUGAGCAGUAAGUUCAAGAUGUUCUUCGGCAAAAGUACCCCUAACAAUAGCUUAUAUGUGGAAACACCAUACCAGAACCAUUUCAUCGAAGAUAUGGUCCAAACAAUCAGAGUAGCAGAUUAUUGUAUAGUCGGUCCAAAAGGUUGUGGAAAGAGUUUGUUGGUGAACAAAGUCUCCGAAAUUUUGGGACAAGAAACUGAAACGAUUGUGCUUUAUCAAGACAUGACAUCCAGGGAUUUGAUUCAGCAAAGGAGUACUUUGGACAAUGGUGAUACAAUAUGGGUAUUUUCGCCCCUUGUAAAUGCUGCUCUCGAGGGUAAGAUCGCCAUUUUGGACGGUAUCCAUAGAAUACAUCCUAGUACCUUAUCUGUGCUGCACCGGUUGGUCCAUGAUAGGGAACUACAACUUCACGAUGGAAAAAGACUUAUAAGCAGUGAUAAAUACGAUUUUCUCAAGAAUAACUUGAAGAUAUCAGAACAGGAUCUGACUAGGUCUGGAAUUUAUCCCAUUCAUCCCAACUUCAGAAUAGUGGCCAUUGGAGAACCACCGAGCAACCAAUCAAACGCGAGUAAUUGGAUGACCUCGGAGGUCCUUAGUUUGUUCCUUUUUCAUGAGUUGAGAACCUUGAGCAAGCAAGAAGAGAUGAAUAUCAUUGUGUCACAAUUUGGUCCAAUUUCUAAACCGCUACAUAAAAUAAUCGAUUUGGCUCAUAUACUAAGGAAUAGUCCCGAUCCAACACUGAAAAACUUAUCAGGUCAUUUGUCUACAAGACAGCUCAUGAGAAUUGCUGCAAGAAUGAAGAACUUUCCAACAGACGCAUACGAAACUCUUGAAGAAACAUUCAUGAUCAAAUUUCUUCCAGCUAUGGCCAAGAAAGCUCUCGAAAAAACAAUUUCAAAGUUGGGAAUCAACCAAAACCUUGUUGAUGAACAACAAAAAUUGAAAUGCGAUGUUGAAAAUGGAAUUUUGACUAUAGGAAACACUUCUACCAAUGUUUAUGUAACAGAUCACUUAACCAAAGUACCCAACAUUCUUUUUUACGAUGUACCUCAACACAUCAGACUCAUGGAAAAGGUGCUUCAAGACUUCUUGCUUGGUCAACACCUCCUUCUUGUUGGUAAUCAAGGAGUAGGCAAGAAUAAAAUAGUGGAUAGAUUUCUAGAACUCAUGAACAGACCACGAGAAUAUAUACAGCUCCAUCGAGAUACUACAGUUCAAACUCUUACCACACAGCCUACUGUUAAAGACGGAAUUUUGAUCCAUGAGGAUUCCCCAUUGGUUAAGGCUGUGAAGGAAGGUCAUAUCCUUGUGGUAGAUGAAGCCGAUAAAGCACCUACCCACGUCACGUGUAUUUUAAAAUCUCUUGUAGAAACAGGUCGAAUGAUUCUGAGCGAUGGUCGUAGAAUAGUAAAAAGAAUACCAGAAGGUGUUGAUACCAAAAAAUACAUAGAAAUUCAUCCAGAUUUCAGGGUGAUAGUGCUAGCAAACAGACCUGGCUUUCCUUUCUUGGGAAAUGAUUUCUUUGGCGCAUUGGGAGAUUUAUUCAGUAGUCAUGCUGUUGAGAAUCCUUCUCAAGAUUCAGAAAUCUCAUUACUAAACCAAUAUGGGCCUGACGUUCCUCUUGAUAUUCUGAAAAAGUUGGUCACUGUAUUUGGAGAGCUCAGGAUUAUGGCCGAUACGGGUUUGGUCAGUUAUCCAUACUCUACCAGAGAGGUUGUUAACAUCAUUAAGCAUCUACAGCAAUUUCCUGAAGCUGAUAUUGAGGAUGUGAUAUUUAACGUCUUUGAUUUUGACAGAUAUAACCCAGAAAUGGUUCAAACACUUGGAGAGAUUCUGUUCAAGCAUGGUAUCGCCAAAAAAAACAUUUUCAGUCAGGAAUACUUGGCCAAAAAAAGGGCACAAAAGGAACUGCAAGUAACAGUUAAUAGACAUAGUGGGUUAGAUACUAGCGAGCCUAAACAUGGAAAAGAAGAUCCUGAAAAUGAUCCCCAUGUAGGUGGUAAUACUUGGGCAGGAGGUACUGGUGGAAGAGACACAGCUGGUCUUGGUGGUAAGGGGGGACCUUAUAGGCUCGAUAAAGGUCAUAAAGUCCAUCAGUUAUCAGAUGAAGAAAAAAACGCAGUACCUGAACACGUUCAGAGAGCUGCCAGGGAGAUGGGCAAAAAGGCAUUUGAACAACGCUUGAAAGAAAUAGGAAUGAGUGGUUAUGACGCAUCACUUUAUUCUCAAUUUUCAAACUCGGUGUCUAGAGAAGUGCAAUCUUUGAGGGUUAUUCUAGGAAAUCUUCAAUCUAAGAACAAGGAAAGAAUGUGGACCAGGCACCAGACAUCUGGGGAACUCGAUGACGUUAAACUCAUUGAUGGUAUUCUUGGAGAAAAAACUAUAUUCCGAAGGAGAGUAGAAGAAGAACCAGAACUCGGCACACCUCAAAUAAGACCUAAGUUAUUUAGAGUACUGGCAGAUGUCUCUGGAAGUAUGUACAGGUUCAAUGGUCAUGACGGCAGGUUGGACAGAGAAUUAGAAGCUGUAGCUUUGGUCAUGGAGGCCUUUGAAGGUUUCGAAGAUAAGAUACAGUAUGAUAUUCUUGGUCAUUCUGGGGAUUCUCCAAGUAUAACAUUUGUUAGUAGAGAUAAGCCACCAAAAAAUAACAAAGAGAGGCUUGAUGUUAUAAGAACUAUGCAUGCCCAUUCUCAGUAUUGUUGGUCUGGAGAUCAUACUCUUCCAGCUACUGAAUCAGCAGUAAGUUCAUUAGCAGAAGAUGACUGUGAUGAAGCAAUCCUAGUUGUUUUGUCAGAUGCAAACUUGCAACGAUACGGCAUUCCAGCAUCCAAGUUAGCGAGUACCUUGACAUCUUCACCCAAAGUGAGUGCAUAUGCGAUUUUCAUUGGAAGCCUCGGAAAUCAAGCAGAAAUGCUCACUGAAAAAUUACCAGUAGGAAGAUCUUUCAUAUGUACGGAUGUCAGCGAACUACCUCAUAUUUUAAAACAAAUAUUUUCUUCUUCUUUGAUACAAUCUAAGUAUUAAAACUCUAUCUAGUCUUAAAUUAAUAUUGUUAUCAUAAAUAUGGUUGUUGAAUCGUUUUUGGUCAUUGAAUAAAAUAUUUUUUCAUGAUA